CUCCUCCUCCACCUGGAAGGUGCAAAAGGCUCAACCCCGUACAACAUAUCCGUAUUCUACAGUUCCAACCCAAGUCGGCCACACUGCACCUGCAGCCUCGCACCCCACAAUGGCAACCCCAACAACCAACACCCCGCAAAAGCACCUCGCCGCCUUCUCAUCCCCUGCACCACGCAGCCUCCCUGGCAUGAUAAACUUCGACUCUCCCGCCGCACUCGGGCUCUCACUCGAAGGCGUAGUCGGCAUGGGCAUCAGCAUGAGUGGGAUGGGGAUCAGCGUAAGCGGAAUGGGGCUAACGGCCAGCGCAAUGGGACGUGCAGACGAGGACCAGCGACGGCGGAGACUAGAGUCCGUUAUCGCGAUGCUGAAGACGAAACCGGGGAGGGUAAGUGAAGAGGGUAUUAUUGCGCUGUGCAAGAAAGAGGGCCUGGAGGUUAUGGGAGAGAUGCAGAGUGGGAAUCGGGUUAUGUUGACGUUGCUUAUUGGGAAUGAGGCGAUGUGCGAGAUUGCCCUCCGCGAUGGCGAAAUUGAUAGUGUCAAGCUAGAGCUUGAUCCAGAUCGUCCGGAUAUCGGGUUUGGAACGUCAGGAUCUAAAGUCCUUCUUCAGAGCUUGCGACCGCUUCCCGGGAUGACCAGGAUUAAUCUCACACUAGAGCGCUUCUCGCAUAAUCUGGAUAAGCUACUUCGGAUGGACAAACUGGGGGCCCCGGAGAACGGAGGCGUGAGCUGUUAUCAAGCAGUCCUUGGUGUUUACGGUAGCUUGAAGAAGCUUUUUGAGCACGAGAAGAAGAUGGCGCUGGCAGUUAUCGAGGCUAAUACACCUCAUGCGAACCACAGAGCAGAAAGAGAGGUACUUUGCAAGAAGAGUGGGCGCCCGCGAAUCAAUGCUGGGAACUGCAUUGGCUUAUCGCUUGAAUAUUGGAUGGACCGACGGCAUAUCAUCCCCGCUAGGACACAACGAAAGCCGACUUGGAGUAAAGGCAAGGACAAAAUGGACAUUGAUUCUGUGGAAGGAAACGAAUAUCCCGAGGACGGAGAUCCUGAAACUAAUAAGAUUUACUCCUUAACUAUUGAAUGCGAAUCUUGCCCCUCUUCCAUGUACUCUCCUAUACGCAUUUCAGACGCGUGGAUAUCAGAUGCGAUAGAAAAGGCCCCGGACGCAGCGGACUCCGACAUCAACAACAUCCUCCUCAACAGACCAACAAUCGACUGGUUAGAGCCAUCACCCACAUAUCUACCUUCAGCUCCUCCAGGCGGCGAGCACGAUGCGAUGCAUUUAGAUGUGGCAUCUGGGAGACUGCCAAAUAUCAGAUUCAUCGCCAAAUUCAACCCUCCUCUUGUCGUGCCUCUAUCAGUUGUAGUUACAAUCCACCAGUCCCUCGGCCUAGAUGUUCCCCAGGAUAUUCAUCCCACCACAUUCUUCGGCCUUGCUUUGCGGCCUGGAGACGCGGAUCCGGGACUGGCGGGUAUAGCUAGAGAAUCUACACAGGAAAUCCAAAGCGAGAAAACUGUAUUAGUACAAGGCAAAGACGGACAAGAAGAGCAGAGAAUCCACACAAACUCUCUAUACGUCCCGAAAACCGAGUACUCGCGCACUAUCGAGUCACUACCGUUCCAACACCCGCGGCAACUUGUUGAAAUACUACCAACCCUCCGGCAAUACGCUUUCACAAGCUCACUUCUGCAGCACACAUUCCUGUCCCCUUCUUCAACACCACCGCCACCAACCCCAAAAUCCCCAACUGCUCCCCUCUCCCCACCUCUUACCCCUGAGAAAAGAGACGCGAACUCCCCACUCCAGCUGGACCUCACACUGUCCUACGCACAACCCACACCUCGUCUCUCGCUCUACCUCCCACAUCCUGAAUCCUGUGCCUCGACACGCGCACCUACCUCGCCUACAUCCAGUGCUUCAGUCCUUGAUUCAAUCAUGGGAGCCACGACCACCAAACCCCCAAUCGGUAUCACUAUCGACGUACACGCUAAUGCAGAUCUAAUCGUCUCGGACCAAAACAUUAUUCCUCUACCUCCUAAUCCAGAAGGUGUGGAGAUGGUAGAGGGUGCCCAGGAGUAUCAGGAUCGGGUGAAGAGAGUAGCGAGGGCUCUAGAUGUGUGUGCAGAUUUGGGAGUUUGGGGGGAGUGGUUGAGGAGGGAGGUGGAGAUGAGGGGGUAG